AUGCCACGGAACCAGACCUUCUGCCCCAUCAGUGACGAAAAUCUUGCAGAAGUUCUUUGCGCUGUGGACGAAGACUGCGUUUGCGCGAACUCUUCGCACAUCCGAGAGCUUGCAAACGUAACCGUGGAUGGCUUGGCCUGCUAUGCAUGCGAGCCGCGCAGGCCACCCGCUUGCACGGAGGCUAACGACCAAUGCACGCCUGAGGCGUGUGAAUGCGGGAAUCCUUUGACCCAUGUAAAAAGGGAUGCCACCACUGUAGAUGGCAGUCCAUGCCACUACUGCGAGCCAAUUGGCGGAAUGGGCAGUAUUGGGCGGCCUGAGUUCUUCAUUGUGGUGAUGCUGCUGGCUUUGGUGGUCAUGUGGCAACUUUUGGGAAGGAAGCCCGUCCCGGGAAAAAGCAGUUUGCGGCUCUCGCGACGGCAGGGUGAUCGGAACCGAGCCAUAAAAGUACAGCAAGAGCCGCUGCGAUUCUAUGAAGAGGUGUUGUUCAUGAUCGGAGACUUCUUCGACUUCCUAGUGGAUGGUGCCUGGGAGAUCCUGGCCAUGGCCUGGAACCUUCUUCAGCGCAUCGCAGCCUGCCUCAGCAGCGCCUCUCCCAUGAAGACUGUGAACGCCGUCAGAGCGUUUAUCCGUCCAGUAAAGGACGACUUGGACUGGGAGCAUACAGAAACAGAGGCCAAGCGCCUGCGGAGAAGAUCAGAGGCGACUGCAGACGCUGCAGGUCCUGUACAGAGAGCAUCCGCUCAGAAGGCGCAAGCACGGCCUGACGCCAAGGCUCCCGAACGAAAGCCACCGAGCAUCUCGAAAGCCCUAGAAACUUCUCAAGAAGUGAAGGCGCAGGCCAAGAAGCCAGAGAAGCCCGAGAAGCCGGAGAAGCUCGAGAAGGCCACAGAAAAGGAAGCCAAAGCCAGGAGGAAACAGGCUGAGACUCGGGAUGCUCGGACUCCUUGCCCUGUCCAAAAGGUUGCUGCGCCAGCUGCGCCUGCUGCGGCUCCUCCAAGAGAAGCCAAGGCGAAGGACGGAGCGAGAAGACCGGGUUCCAGACAAGCCUCGAAGCUUUCCCCGUUGGACGCGAAGGACUCUAAGGAGGUGCCUCAGGUGCCCAAGGAGAAGGACCAAGGCAAACAAGCAGAACACAAAGUUGACUGUCAGGAGGUGGCGGCGGAGAAAUGCACGUCAAGUGCACGAACCGGAGUGCAGUCCGAUCUUCCAAGAGAUGUGCAUGAACUGCCUUCCCCGUCUCCUUUGUAUAAGGCAGCGAUUGCCGUCAUAAAGGCAAGCGCUGUAGCAGCUGCCGUAGAGAUUGAAGCCAAGUGCUUCGUACAGUCGACAGCGCUGGAGGAAUCUGAAGGUUCUACCGAGGGUGGCAAUGCUCCAAACGAGGACGAAAUCGCCCAAUCGGAGAGCGAGGACUGCGACAACCGCGGGUCCUUGAGGCCGAACACUGCAGCUGCGGCUGCUGCUAUCCUGGCCGCCGCUACAGAUAAGCGAGCGGCUGCUCUUGAGUUACUAGACGCAGCUGCGAUGCCGACCAUCGAAGUGCGGACGUUCUUAUCCGAGCUGGACAUUGAGGCUCCCGUUAUGAGAAGAACAGUGAGUGACAGCGACCUUGCCCUCUACUGCUGA